GAACCGACACCAAAGCUGGGGGUUGUGUACCAAUGGAAUUGUUGUCCAAUCCUCAAUUAUGAAAAUCUUCUGAAGAUUCCAUGGCUUUGCAUUUCGGAUUACGGUUUUGAAUUUUGAUAUCCAGCGAUCGAUCGGGUGGAAGGAGGAGGAGGAGGGGAUGGAAAGCAGCCCAAGGAUCGCCAAUCAUUCUCCAGCGCAAGACAACUUUGGAAAAUUUUAGAACCAGCAGAAGAAUUCCGGGGGAGAAGAAAUGGGGGCAGAGAUCUCUGCAUUGCGCCUUUUCGCCUUCUGUUGUUCCGCCUUUUCGAUUUUCGUUUCAGCCUAUUCUGAUGAUUCAUCAUCAGCUCAUAAAAGUGGAACAGAAACUGAAGAUCACAGCAGUAGUAAUGGAUCCCAGAGGCUACUUAUAUGUCUUGCAGCCGUGGCUGCUACUGUGCUAUUGUUUUUCCUUUUCAAAUUCUGGCAAAAGAAGAAGCGCGAAGAACAGUAUGCUCGAUUGCUGAGGUUGUUCGAGGAGGAUGACGAGCUGGAGCUGGAGCUCGGUCUACGUGAUUGAGCACUUCUUCCUUUUGAAUUAUGAUCUUAUUGAGGUGUGCGCAAAGUGGAUACAUUAGUCAGACAAGUAGCAAUAGAGGCCCUUGGAGAAACUCUUUGAUCGUUGGUUGUAUGAUGCGCGCGCGCCGUGCCCCCGGGAUAGCUGUAGCAAGGUAUUUUCUUGACGAGACUAGGAUGGAUAUAUUGAGUUUGUUUUUGGUUGAAACUAGCCAUUUUGGAAGUGCUUAAUUCAAAACUUGUGUGUGAAUAUUUCAUUUCAUUUUGUGUAUUACAUUGGUUUCUUUGUUUCUUUCUACAUUGGCACAUUAGAUGUUAGCAAAGUAGUGGUUAAGAAUGUGUACGAAUAGUGCUUCUUUUGUUCUGUCGAUAUAUAUAUAUAUAUAUUACUCACUUCA